AUGGCUGGCCGUGUGCUGUUGGUGUGUGCCCUCUGCGUGCUGUGCUGCUGCGGCGGCGGUGUCGGUGCGUGGGGUGGCGGCUACUGCACGGAGAGUGACUGGAGGGACUUGAGGGCGGUCGCGAAGGACAUGACGGAGGCGGAGAUUGAGGGGCAGUACUGCAGCGGCAAGCCGGAGUUUGUGCAGGGGCUGCGGGCAAGUCUGCAGUCUGUUAAUGGCGAAGACGAAGGCGAAGAACAGAAGACGAGCGCGGGGGAUGGAAAGGAGACGAGCGGUAAGGAAGGUACGGGUGUAGAUGAAGCUGGUCUUUCGACAGACAAGAGCAAGAACGGGAACGCAACAGAUGAAGAGCCUCCUGCGAAGGGGUCGGGAGGGGCAAGCCACACCUCGUCGCCGGACGAUCAAAAGACACAAGAUGGUGGAGUGGGGCAAACAGAUUCACCACAAAAGCCAACAACCAACAACGGGGAGGGAGCGGAUGGAAAAGAAAGCCCGUCAGGUGACACGGAUAGCACCAGGGAUCAAUCAGGGGGCGGCACUGUAAAUCCGGAGGAAUCGGAACGCACGAAGGGAGAAGAAAUACCACCGCGGCAGGGAAGCUCACCUUCACCAUCACCAAAAGGAGAAGAGCCGUCGUCGCCAAGCCAACCAGAAGAAGGGCGUGGGCCCUCAACUGACGUCAGUCAAGGAGAAACCAAUGCAGGGAAGGAGGGGCAAUCGGCAGACGACAACGGUUCUGCCACGCAAAAUCCAUCGCACGUGCCGGAAAAAGGGCCGCAGGAGAAACAGGCAGCGGAAGGAGACCCAGAGCAGAGCCACCAAGGCCAUCCUUUACCCCCACAACCGCACACGGAGGGUACUCAAAAUACGCUGAGCGACGACGCAGAUUUGCAGGGCGGUGAAAAGAAACCAGCAGCAGGGCACACAGACAGCGCUGCAAAGGACUGCUGCGGCUACGACUAA